UCAAAAUCAGGUGAUAUUUUUUGGAACAUCGUCUAGGGUUUUGAACAAUUGAGUUUUCGAUCAUGGAGGAGGGUUUUCAAUUUUGCUUUUGUCAAAUUUUCUUUUGGUUUAGGGGUGCAGAUUUCGAGAUCAACCAUGGCAGGAGAUGAGGAUUUGCCUGACAUUGCACCAUUUGAUGCUACUAAGAAGAAGAAAAAAAAGAAGCCAGUCAUCCAGGAUGUUGUGGAUGAUACCACUGACAAAUUAGCUGAGAAAACAGAAAACUUGUCAAUUCAUGAGGGAGGGGAAAAUGCAUUCAUUGGUUUGAAAAAGAAGAAGAAGAAACCAAUAGAAACCGAUGCCUUGAAUGAUGAGAAUGUUGAUGAAGUAGAGGAUCUCGAUGGUGAGGAUAAAGAAGGGGAAGGAAUUGUCUUGCAAUCACGGUAUCCGUGGGAAGGAAGUGACCGAGAUUAUGAUUACGAGGAGCUCCUAAGCAGAGUGUUCAAUAUCCUCCGGGAGAAUAAUCCAGAGCUUGCUGGGGACAGGCGUAGAACUGUUAUGAGGCCACCACAAGUUCUUCGAGAGGGCACCAAGAAGACAGUCUUUGCGAAUUUUAUGGAUCUGUGCAAGACGAUGCAUAGGCAGCCAGAGCAUGUCAUGACAUUCUUACUCGCUGAAAUGGGAACAAGUGGAUCUCUUGAUGGGCAGCAGAGAUUAGUUGUUAAGGGUAGAUUUGCUCCUAAAAACUUUGAAGGGAUUCUGCGUAGAUACAUCAAUGAGUAUGUCAUAUGCAAUGGCUGCAAAAGUCCAGAUACGAUUCUUUCCAAAGAGAAUCGUCUCUUCUUUCUCAGAUGUGAGCAGUGUGGCUCUGGGCGGUCUGUAGCUCCAAUCAAGGCUGGUUUUGUUGCUCGUGUUGGGCGUCGGAAGGCAGGAACAUGACUGGAGUCAUCUUCUGUUCUUCAUUAUUCAUGAGGCUCGUCUUCUGUUCUUCAUUAUGGGAUUGCUACUUAUAUAUAUAUAUAUAUAGAGAGAGAGAGAGAGAGAGAGAGUGUGUGUGUUUUGAAAUGGUUCUCACUGUGACAUGAGAAGUAUGUUUAGCUGUUGUAUACCCUGUUAACUGAAUAGUUAUUGGUAAACAAUGUUACAUGAAUACAUUGUAACUCCGAGAAAUAUGUGUAGGUUACUUCUUCCAGCUGUUAUGCGCCAUGGAUGAGCAUGUUUGGGUAGGACGGUAAACAAGUUAGGUCAAG